AUGACAAGUAUAGAUCCAUCCAGCGAUACAGGAGUGUCCGAUUCAUGCUGUUUCUGCUUAGGAACUGAUACUGACAUUCCAUCGUUUGGUACCAUUCAAGAUGCGCAGGACAUGCUAAAGCCAUGCUCGACAUGUUCACUAGUUUGCCAUCGUAGGUGCUUAUUGGAUUGGCUUGACACGGUUCCUCCUAACAAAUUGCGUGUCAUUCAUGCGUCUGCAACACCGGCCGACACUUCUUUAUUAGCAAGGAUGCAUCAGGAACAUGGUGGUGAUAUUGGUAUAGGGCAGGCACGCACUACAAACACAACCAUCAGAAUCGACUUGACGGCACAAGCUCUUGAGAGCUGGUUCAACAAUAUCACAAGUUUCACAAACAACGAAGAUGAUACGGAUGUAGAUGCCGAAGGUGAAGGUGAAGGCGGGUCUUUGGAAGAUGAGCAGGAUUUGGAGCACCCUCAUGACGGUCACGCGACUCCAUUAAGCGACCACAAUAGCCACGGUGAGGAUUCAUUUAGCAACUCUAGAGAAACCUUGGUUUAUAUUCUAGCACCUUGCCCACAGUGCAAGAAAUGGAUCAUGUUUUCCAUGAAGAGGUCGUUGCUACUCACGCUCCACUCUGCAUUGAAAUCGACAACCACCAAAUUGAUUCGAUACGGUGCUGUUUUUCUUGGAAUCACGUCGGCACUCACUGGUAUAGCAUCAAUGGGGUACAUUGGGUUAACAAGCGUGGGCAUAAAAAUGAUGGACAAGAUCGUGCCUGCCCCAUUAUUGGUACGAUUAUUGACGCGGAGAACCUUGCUCAAGUCAACAAGUACGUAUUCGUCAUUGUCGAAAAUACUAUUUGGUAAUUCGGCUUCAUACGCGGUGGAUAAUUUGGAGCAAGCAUUAGUUCAAGGCUUGAUUGACCCGUUGAAGUUCUCCCGUAUUCCAGUGUUGCCAAUUGUAAUGUACCGAGCUAGAUCAUCUUCCAUUUUCAAGUUGAUUUUUGGUCGUCGCGAUGACGAGUAUCCCAGUGCGUUGAUUACAGAGCUCAUGAUUAGUGCUUAUAUUUCUUCUAUUGGUGACCACGCUUUAGUUCGAGCCAUCUACAGAAAUCUCAAGGCUGAUAUCACAAGUGGACUUCAGCAUGGGUUCAGUUUCACAGCUAAUCCAUUGAGAAACAUUGAUUUUCUUUCUACAAACAAUAUUAUAUCCAUGUUGGUUCCUUUGAGAUGGGCGUAUGAUCUCUUUUAUCGUCUUUCGUUCAAUCGUGCCUACUUUAAUCUCACCAUGGAAUCUCGGCCCAGAACAAUAGCAAAUAGUCUAAGUGAGGCUGAAAUUGAUCAGUUGGAAAAUUUGAAUAGCCAGUUGAAUGACUUGACCACCAGAAAUCGCAAAAUCUACAACACCAUUGAUAAAAGCAUUGAAGCAAACUCAUUCCUAAACAUUCCUGUUAUUUCAUCAUGGAUCAAGUUUGCUCAUAAGCAGUUUGUUUACUUGCACGCAUUACGCAACACAUGGCUCAAGUACAUCAAGUUGACCUUGACUUCAAAUGUGAAAUUCACAUGGGCAUGUCUUCGAUACGACUAUUCGACACCAUUAGCAGCAAACGGAACCAUCAUCAAAUCACUAACAACAAUCUUUUGGCCAUACCUUGCUUCCAAAGUCGGUUUAUUGAUUGCUCCUUUGCUAAGUAAGAAUUUCGCCGCUUUUGAUAAAUUACACAUUGAUAAAAAAAUCCUCAUUGCAAACAUUGUUGGAUUGGUUCUUGUUGCCAUUGCCAAAGAGAUUCCCCAGCUCUAUAUGGCGCGGAAAAAAGUGAAACAAAUGUCACGAAUCGUGCUGGUUGAUUCGAAUGAUCUUGGGAUAUUCAAAAGCUUGACAGCAAGUCUUUUACAAGAAGGAAGAAACGGAAGUAGCGAUGAUGAUGAUGAUGGUGGUGGUGGUGGUGACACGUUGGCUGAAGUUAGCGACGUUUUAAUCAAUGAUCUCGCAAACAUACCGGGUAAUUUCCCUCAGUGA